AUGGCGGCUUGCACAGAAAAGCCAAAAGUUCUUGUUUUAGGAGGUACUGGCUUUAUUGGCAGAAAUUUUGUCCAGUUUCUGAUAAAGAAUGACCUGGCAAGCAAGAUCCGGGUUUGUGAUAAGGUGCCUCCACAAAUGGCCUGGAUGAAUGCCUCACACAAGGAGUGUUUUGCAAAUCCACUAGUUGAAUUCAAGCAUGCAAACCUGAUCAGUGCAAGCUCCAUGGCUGGCGUGUUUACUACAGCAGGUGGAGAAUUCGAUCUGGUCAUAAAUCUGGCUGCAGAGACCAAGUAUGGUCAGUCAGAUAAGGUGUACAGUGAAGGAAUUGUGAAACUUAGCCUAAAUUGUGCCCGGGAGGCAGCCAAGCGUGACGUUGGUUUCUAUAUUGAGAUGUCUUCUGGACAGAUGUCCACCAGUGAUAAGAAGGCAAUGCGAGAGGACAUGAAGGCAGAGCCAUGGACAAACCUGGCUAACCACAAACUCGAGGUAGAGAAAGAGCUGCAGAACAUUCCUGGUUUAAAGUACUCCAUAAUAAGGCCAGCUAUUGUGUAUGGUUUGGGAGACAGGCAUGGCCUAGCCCCAAGACUCAUCAUUGGUGCAAUAUACAAAUACAUCCAACAGAAAAUGAAGAUGCUGUGGACGAAGCAGCUACGUAUGAACACCGUGCAUGUUGAGGACGUGUGUCGGGCCAUGUGGCACGUGUUGUUGCUAGGACAGUCUGGACAUGUGUACAAUGUGGUGGACAAGGGGGAGACAACACAGGGGAUGAUCAGUGAUCUAGUUGCCCAGGUGUUUGGGAUACCAUACGAGUUCCUUGGGUCUGUCAAGUCAAACCUUGUGCGUGUGAACAUGUCCGGUGUGGUUGAGGAUAUCAACGAUAAACACAUGGCCCCCUGGGCAGAGGCGUGCACCAAGGAUGGUAUCACAAACACGCCUCUAAAUCCCUUCAUUGAUCAGGAGUUACUGUACAACAAGCCAGUGUAUUUAGAUGGCAGUAAGCUGGAAGAGACUGGCUUUACAUAUGAUACUCCAAGCUUACAAGUGACCCAUCUACAACAGAUUCUGGAUGACUAUUCAAAAAUCCACCUUUUCCCACAAUGCCUCUUAUCAGGGAAAACCACUCUCAGUGAUCAAUUGCCUGAUCUGGAUAUCAGCGAUGAUUUACCUCCCCUGGAAGAUUUGAAUAUUGCCAAUGGCAAUGACUCUUGAUCAGCAUACGCUUGUUUUCGGAAAAUCUGUUGGAAAAGAGUUGGAUUUAAAUGAGCUGAAAGAAAAUCUAAACAUGUGUAUCAUACAUAAAAGAGUAUUUUAAGUCAUGCAACGUAUCGUAAUAAGUUGUAUUCUAAUGAUGUUUUACAUAUUUCUGUGGUGUUAGGUGUCUCAAUUUCUUUUGAUGAACUAAUGUGACUGGGAAUGGUUGUCAAUAAUUGUUCAUAGGCAAUAUAGUGAUGGAUAAAGUACAUUUUGCUCAAUGGGUGUAAAACACUGAUGUGUUCUACAUUACUUUGUCAUAAAGAGAUGCUUUAUCAUCUAAAACAAUCCGUAUCAUUCUGAUCAAUUUUGAAAAGCACCCAAGGGCUAGUUUGUGUUGUAAAGUCUGUCUGGAAUUUACCAGGAAUAUUUGUAAAUUUCGCUAGUCUUGUAUUCUACAAUUAAUUAUUUAAACAAUGAUAUAUACAUGGACAGCUGCUCUUGUAUUCUACAAAAUCGCAAAAGUCAAGCAAGCUGAAAUUAAUUAGAUUUAUUGACUGCUGGAAAUAAAAAAAGCUACUAUUUAUAGGAAUAUGUUUUUAUGGUUUUGGCUUGAACAGACAUAAGUAUUUGCACAUAUGAAAUGUUUCUGUAAUUCAGGACUCAGUUUUGAUCAUAAAAUAUUGAAACCGUAAAAAUUAUACAAUGUGUUUCCUGAUUCAUUGUGACACAAUAGCCUAAUGCGCAUACACUAAGCAUUUUCGCAAAACAACGCGAACGGAAUAGUAUGUUUUUCGUCGAGUUUAAAUGCUUUUGUAAAAAAAAGUAUAGUUAUUCCGAUGUAACAAAUUUUAAGGUAUAAAAUAAAAAUAAUUACUCUGUUAGUCUAUAGAGAUGUUGAAUUGUAUGCCUGCGUACAACGAACUAAGACCUAGACAAGCAAACCCAAACUGUCAACUGAAUAACAUUGUAUUUCCCUAUGUAUCGGUCAUGUGGAGUGGCUAAUAAGCUCUGUACUCAUGUUUAUAUUUGCUGCUCUGUUGUUGUGUUUUGAAGAGAAUUAAUGAAGUAUUAUAUUGUUGUUAACAUAAGCCAUCUGGUUCAAGUGUUUAAUUGUUUUCGAUAACAUUUGAAUCUUAAGAGAUAUUAAAAUGAAACUUUUUAUCCCCGAUGAUAAUUAGCAUAUAUUGAUGUGGAUGAUUAUCACUCACUCUUGCUCAAAUAUUUCAUUGGUCUUAUUUUUAAGAAAUUAAAACCAGACUUGCAUUUUCAUCCACUUGUUGUACUUCUGCAGCCAGUUGUAUAUCACUUGGAUAAGUUGUUUACUGGUUAUAUUUAGUAUUGUUUUCUCAUUUAAACGAUAUGAUUGGUUUAGUAAUAGACACUUUGACCAAGUCAAAAAAUCAGCAGCCAACUGUAAAGUACUUGGAUACCUUGUCGACAGGUUAUCUUGAAAACAAAAACAUGAUUUGAGCUCAGAUAAAAAAUAUAAGCGCUAUUUUGGCGCUGUUUUAACUGGGGAAUUUGCGGCCAUGUAGCUUUUAAUUGAAAAAAACAACAACACAUUAACAUGGGCUUAUAUUUUUUUAUCUUUACACUAAUCCUGUGCUUUGUUUUGAUCAUUAAAGUCAACCGAGUUAAACAUAUGAAUGCAUUAUAUUUUAAAAAAAUCAUUUUGCAUCGGCCUAUAUUGUCCCCCUUUAAAUUUGCACAUUUUAAAUGAUUUGAUUGGUUGACAUUAUAUUUUGGAUAAAUAUUUACCAAUCGAUAAACAUUUUUGCUAACUUUGACAUAAAUAUUAACAAGUAUUAUAGAAUUGGCUGCGGCAGUGUUUGUUGUUAUCAUUUAUAUAAAUUGUAUUAUUGUGAAGUUGUCUGGUUGUUUGUGGAAAGGUUAAUAAUAUAUUAAGUAAUAAUGUUGGUACUAUUGUUCUCACCUGGUGAUUUUGUAAGUCAUGCAUUAUCUGAUGUUGUCAAUUGUUUUGUUUUCUAUUUAGAUUUUAUUUGCCUGCGUGUUGCUCACUGGUGCAUUAUAAAAAAUAUGACGGUGUCCGUGAAAAAAAAUGUGAAUUUAUAUAGUUUGUUUAUUUUAGUUGUUUUGCAAUUCCUUCAUUGAAACACCUUUAUGGUCAAAAGAUAUGUGUUACCUUUUUGUGUGUAAUAGUUUUCGUUGUUUAUUAUUGUUGGGAACUACUGCCAAUAUUACUUUUCAAGAUGUUAUGAUUCAUUAUCAUUGUUUGUUUAUAUUUGUAAUCAUCUAACGUUGGAGACUUUGAAAAUGCUUUACCGUGGCAUAGGAAGUUGUGCUUGACAUUUUUCAUGAAGAUAACACAAUCAUAGAACAUUCAGAGAUAAAUCUUCGCUUCAAUUUAAACAUGAAUGAUUUAGUAUAAUUCACUUAAAACAAAAUUGUUUUCCGGUUGAACAUCGUUUCUAUUAUAUCCUCAGUCUGUAAUUCGAUUUAAAAAGCUUGAGAUAGAGUCAUGGCCUUGGCAACAUCAUCGUCAAUGACGUCGGCGAAAGACUAAAACAUUUACCUCGACAAUUACUCAUACACAAGAUGCUUGAAUGAAACAUGUUACACUUGUUGCCAAAGAUAAAAUGUACAUUUGAAGCAAGGUUUGUGACUCUGACUAAAGCAGUAUCCCUUGUUUAACUAAUAAAUAAACAAGCAUGGGUGUUCGUUCCGAGGCGCUCCGUGACGCUCUUGUAUUUUACAUUAUGUUCACUACUUGCAAAAGUAAAAAAGGCUAAAUUAUUAAUUGUAAUUCCCCUCUUGCUUAUCUUUAAAAUUGAACUAGUUUUACAUCCUUUUGAAUCAGUUGUAUUUUUACACAUAUCUAGAUGGGGUUACGCUGUUCAACUGACAAGUUGUACCGACUUAAGGCUGUUUUUUGACAGACUGCAUGUUUAGCAGUUUCGGAUAUAUUUUACGUUUUUAGUUAUUAUUCUGUAUACAUUAUUUACAUGUAUGCUAUGAAACUCAUACUUGACAUUUGCUUCGUAAUGUUUUAUUAUACACAUUCCAUUGACCAAAGAUAACUCACAAAAUCCUUUCCAAAGGUAGAUUUUGUGGACAGUAUUUGUUAAGAAAAUAUGCAGAAAAAAUGAACUUUUGACGGUGGUAUUUGUUUCAUAAUAAAGGUCAAUUCAACCCAAUUACCAUUCCGGUCUAGUGUAUUAUCUCUGUCCGGUCCUUUAUUGCCCACUUUUAUUUCGUAUUAAAUGAAAUUAACGGAAUAAACGACGAGGUGUACACCUUAUUUCCGUAUCAUCUGUAAUAUUCGCUUUUUGUACACAUUACGUCAGGACCCUAUCUGCCUGUUUUUUUAGCUCUACUGGCCAAAGGCCAGAAGAGCUUAUGCGAUGGUAAUGUGUACGUAGUAUGUGCGUCCGUGCGUCUGUAAACAAUUUCUUGUUAACGCGAUACAGUCUUCAGUUUUUAUUGUAUCUCGAUGAAACUUGUACAGUAUUUAUAUAUCAAUUAGAGCUUGGUUCCUUUCGAAACGCAGCCAUAUCCGCCAAUGAAUGCCUAGAUUAUGGGCCUUGAAAGUUUUAAAGAAAUGCUUUCUAUUUUUAGGCAGGUCUGCAUGAGCGAAUUCUAUUUUUUACUAAGUUUACAUGUACAUGUAAAUUAAGGGAGACAAUUUGCAAGUCUAGGAUUAAGGGAGACAAUUUGCUUUUUGCUUCUGCAGUUGAUUUUGUGAAAAAACUCUGCCUUGUUCUUGUUGAAGGCCCAAAGGCUUUGAAUGUUUGUUUAAGUUAUGCACCUGGUGUCAUUCCUGGCCACGCCCAGGGUUCACAGGUUUGGUAAACUUAAAUCGGGAAAGGUUUGAAAAUCGUUUUGUGUGUUCGUGCAUCCAUCUCAGCACAAUUGAUUGUGAAUGUUUGUUCAAAUUGAUCAAUGUUGUCUUAGGAUGCCCUUGACUUUGACCUUUUGACCAACUUUAUUUAAUUUUUAAAACUACAGAAAUUACUGUAUUACUAUGAGUACAGUUUUGAAAGCAUUUUUUUGUCAGAUGACUUUUACUUGGCACAUAUUAAAAUAGUUCAUGUAACUAAUCUGCUUACAAUACUUUCUCGACUCAGAUGCUGAACGUGCAACGUUUUCUUGUAAACCAAACACAAAACAUAAACUAUAUGUCUGUUGCCUUUUACCCAUACAUACGACAUGCUCUUGAUUGAUAUGACCACAAAAGCCAUGCCAGUAGAGCAUAGGCCCUUUUGGGCCUCUUGUUUUUACAUAUAAUUGCAUAUUGUCAUGAUGUCUUAAAAAUGUCAUAGCUUGACUAAAUCUUUUUGUUUGUAAAUGGGAUAAAGUCAGGUUGUAAACCCACAAAUGAUCAGUCUUAUUUGUAUGCCUUGAUAUAUACUAACUUUUAAUUUAACCAUUUUUCUGUCCAUUUAUGAUAUAUUAAAAUAAUAUCAAUAUAUAUCAUGGCAUAUUGUCAGGAUGUAUACAAAAAAUUCUAAGUCUGGACCAAAAUGCUUGUUUGUAAUAUAUACUGGAUAUAGUCCAUUACGUACAUUACGAUGUACCAAAAACCAAAUUUGCUUAUUUGGAAUAUAUAAUGGAUAUAUUCAGGCUAUAUACAAAAAAAACCUUGCCUAUUUAGGAUAUUUAUUGGAUAAAGUCAGGCUGUACAAAACAUGUUAUGUCUGAAAUGAACUUGCUUCUUUGUGGUCUAAAAUGGCAUAUUGCAUUCUAAACAUGAUAAGUCAGGACCAAAAUUAAUUGCUUAUUUGUGAUAUGAAGCGCGGUUUAUUAUAAUGACCUUAACAAUAAAUGUACUUGAUAAAACGUAUAAAUGCAUAGUAUGCCAAAUUUGACCAGGCUUAAAUGGAUCAUAUCGAAUUGGUUAGUGGGCUGAAUCGACCCUGAUAUCUUGUAACAAAGAAAAAUCAUUUUUGAAAUCAUAACAUCUCUUUAGAGCAUGGUUGUACUUUUUUCUUUGACAUAUCAAUUGUUCAUAGCUCGUUUGCUCAAUUAGGCAGAAAUUAGAUAGGUGAAUAGAAUAUGUUCAUAUGUUAUGCCAAUUUGUAAACAACUCUUUGCCCUGUAUCUUUGAAGAGUUUUUUUUUCUUGAUAGAGACUAUUAAAUUAUGGCAAUAUUUUUUUUAAACAAAAAUAACUUAAGCAAAAGACACAAAUACUGGUUUAAAUUAUGAAAAAUAAGGAAAAUCAAUUCUACAAAUAUGUAUCCGUUGUUGAAUAUUGUGCUCAUUUUAUUGUAUUGUUUAUUAAUCAGUGAUGUUGAUUAAAUUUAGUUGAACAUUUGAAUAAAGCUUUAAUUACGGUUA